AUGGAUGAAAUAGGUAUCGAACUGAGCAAGGAGGAACCGACCUUCGAAUCCGUCGUGACGGAGAAGACGGCCUUAUACCAGGAGUUGCAGGAGGAGGAUUUGUACAUCAAGUACAAAAAGCUGACCCGCCACCUCGAGAUGCUGGAGAUUCAGGAGAGCUACAUCAAGGAUGAGCAGAUGAACUUAAAGCGCGAACUCAUUCGGGCGCAAGAAGAGGUCAAACGGAUUCAGUCCGUCCCACUCGUUAUUGGACAAUUCCUGGAGCCGAUAGACCAGCAUACGGCCAUCGUUGGCUCGACGACGGGCUCAAACUAUGUCGUCCGCAUUCUAUCCACCCUCGACCGCGAACUUCUCAAACCCUCAUCCUCUGUUGCUCUACACCGUCAUUCAAACGCGCUUGUUGAUAUUCUUCCGCCAGAAGCUGACUCGUCUAUAUCGAUGCUUGGGAAGGAGGAGAAGCCCGAUGUAGCAUACCAAGACGUCGGAGGCAUGGAUUCACAAAAACAAGAAAUCCGUGAGGCCGUCGAGUUGCCACUGACGCAUUUCGACCUCUACAAGAAGAUUGGUAUCGACCCUCCUCGUGGCGUAUUGCUUUAUGGCCCUCCUGGCACGGGUAAGACUAUGUUGGUCAAGGCCGUAGCACAUCACACCACGGCUUCUUUCAUCCGUGUGGUGGGCAGUGAGUUCGUGCAGAAGUACCUUGGUGAAGGUCCUCGAAUGGUCCGAGACGUCUUCCGUCUCGCUAGAGAAAACGCACCGUCUAUCAUUUUCAUUGAUGAAAUUGACGCUAUCGCUACCAAACGUUUCGAUGCCCAGACCGGUGCCGAUCGAGAGGUUCAACGUAUCCUGCUGGAGUUGCUGAACCAAAUGGAUGGAUUCGACCAAGGCAGUAACGUCAAGGUCAUCAUGGCUACGAAUCGAGCAGAUACAUUAGAUCCUGCCCUGCUUCGGCCUGGACGACUGGACCGAAAGAUUGAAUUCCCCCUCCCGUCACGGCGAGAAAGGCGUCUCAUUUUCCAAACCGUCACUGGCAAGAUGAACCUUGGCCCUGACGUUGACUUGGAAGAUUACGUUUCGCGGCCAGAUCGCCUAUCGUCAGCAGAAAUUGCAUCUAUCGUACAAGCUGCUGGCCUUCAAGCUGUACGCAAGAACCGAUACGUCAUACUACCUGUUGACUUCGAAGAGGCGUGGAAACAAACGGUCAAAAGGUCAGACGAGACAUUGGAUUUCUUUUUUCGUGUAUUCUAUUCCACUGCUAUACCUUUUCCCUUCGUCCCCGCGUGA